CUUUAUAUCCAUGAACUUGGUAUAAAACAAAUGAAAUUACAAAUCAAUUGGGCAAACCCGAACUGCUGCCACUUAACAACCGUCACCGUGCGCAAGCGGCCCCUGCACAUCAUCCUGUCAUCAUGCAAACGUUAUUGGUACCGCCGGCAACUCGCUCCGGCAUUUGUUUGGUGGGUCCCCUCCUUCCAACUCACCGUCGCCGACCAGCGAUAACUUUUUCUUCUCCAAAUUUUAUCGCUUCACUUGAAACUCGGAAACCGAAGCCACUAAUCUCCCCGUUCGCUUCCUGGAACCCUCUCAAUGUUGAAAGAUCUAAGCUUUUGUUGAGCAGAGUCUCUUCUUCUUCUUCUUCCUCAGUUUCACCUGGUUCUACCUCCCCUAAUGAUGAUUCUGACAAGGCAAAGCUCGCUCAGGUAGCCAAGAGGUUAGAGACCACGUCAAGAUACUUUAAACGAUUGGGGAAUUUAGGGUUUUGGGGGCAGCUAGUUUGCUCGGUGGUUGCGGCUGUGAUACUUUCAUUUUCAGUUGUGGUUACUGGGAAAAUUACAUCACCUGCUACGUUUUAUGCUACUUUCGGUGGAAUUGUAGCUGCAUUCAUAUCGGUUUUUUGGUCAUUCGGUUAUAUUCGACUUUCAGAGAAACUCAAAAGGACUGUUAAUGAUCCUUCAAAGGCUCCUCCUCGUGCCAAUGUUGUGAAAAGCUUGAAAAAUGGUAUCGUUCUGAAUCUUUUGGGAAUGGGUGCUGCUAUUCUUGGCAUGCAAGCAACAGUCGGUUUACUAGUCGCGAAGGCACUUACCUCCUCCACAACUCCUUAUUACCAAGGAAUUGCACCCGGCUCUAGUCCGGUUCUUGCCUUGGAUGUAUUCUUGGUGCAGGCAUCGGCAAACACUAUCCUUUCGCACUUUCUGGGGCUGGUGUUCUCGCUGGAACUGUUACGCUCGGUGACAUUGCCUAAUACAGAGAGUAUUCCAAUUCCCAAGCUUGCAUAAAUUCUACCUUUCAUGGUAAAUGUAGAAUAGUUGAACGUGAUUUUACUGCUGAUAACUGUUUUACAAGCCACCCUUGGCAUUUUUUUAAUAAAUACAUGUAUUAAUACAACACUGAAUUACUGAGUUUCUGAUAAAAUAUAAACAGGGUUUCCUCCA